AUGAGCUACUCGUACCUGUUCAAGUACAUCAUCAUCGGCGACACCGGCGUCGGGAAGUCGUGCCUCCUGCUGCAGUUCACGGACAAGCGGUUCCAGCACGUGCACGACCUCACGAUCGGCGUCGAGUUCGGCUCGAGGCUGGUGGCGAUCGGAGAGAAGCAGAUCAAGCUUCAGAUUUGGGACACCGCGGGUCAGGAGUCGUUCCGUUCCAUCACGCGGAGUUACUACCGCGGCGCCGCGGGCGCGCUGCUCGUGUACGACAUCACGCGACGCGACACGUUCGAGCACCUCACGUCCUGGCUCGAGGACGCGCGGCAGCACGCGAACCCUAACAUGACCGUCACGCUCGUCGGCAACAAGAGCGACGCGGAGGCGUCGCGCGUCGUGUCGACGGAGGAGGGCGAGGCGUUCGCGCGCGAGCACGGGCUCGCGUUUCUGGAGACGAGCGCGCAGACGAGCGAGGGCGUGGAGGAGGUGUUCACGUCCACGGCGGCGGCGAUAUGCGCGAAGAUCGACGACGGGCUGGACGUGAACAACGAGAGCAACGGGAUCAAGCCAGGGUACGGCGGCGCGAGGGGCGGCGGGAUUCGAUCCGGCGGCGGCGGCGUCGUGGACGUGGGCGUGCAGCCCGCGCGGCGGAGCGAGGGCGGGUGCUGCUGA